AUGGCGACGAACGAUUCGAAAGCGCCGUUACGCUAUGUCAAAAGAGUACAAUUCGGCAUUCUCUCUCCCGAUGAGAUCCGACGUAUGUCGGUCACAGAGGGAGGGAUUAAAUUCCCUGAAACUAUGGAGGGUGGAAGGCCGAAGUUGGGAGGCCUCAUGGACCCUCGUCAAGGUGUAAUCGACAGAUCAUCUCGAUGUCAGACAUGUGCAGGGAAUAUGACUGAAUGCCCUGGGCACUUUGGUCACAUUGAUUUAGCCAAACCUGUCUUUCACAUUGGGUUCAUCACAAAAACUAUCAAGAUCUUGAGAUGUGUAUGCUUCUAUUGCAGUAAACUCCUAGUUAGUCCGAACAACCCCAAAAUCAAAGAAGUUGUCAUGAAAUCUAAAGGACAACCAAGGAAACGCUUGACAUUCGUUUAUGACUUGUGCAAAGGCAAAGCUAUAUGUGAAGGUGGUGAUGAAAUGGACAUCAAUAAAGACAAUCCAGAUGAUCCUUCCAAAGAACAGCCUAGGAAGCAAGGUCAUGGAGGUUGUGGUCGUUACCAGCCUAACUUGAGAAGAGUGGGGUUAGACGUCACAGCUGAAUGGAAACAUGUAAAUGAAGACUCACAGGAGAAAAAAAUAGCUCUUACAGCUGAAAGAGUGUGGGAGAUCUUGAAGCAUAUCACAGAUGAGGAGUGCUUCAUUCUGGGAAUGGAUCCUAAGUUUGCCAGACCUGACUGGAUGAUUGUAACUUCCCUGCCUGUGCCACCACUGUGUGUGCGACCUGCAGUUGUCAUGUAUGGCUCUGCCCGAAAUCAGGAUGAUUUGACUCACAAAUUAUCUGACAUUUUGAAAGCAAACAAUGAAUUGAUCAGAAAUGAGCAGGCUGGAGCUGCAACACAUGUUCUUGCUGAAAAUAUUAAAAUGCUCCAGUUUCAUGUUGCAACAUUAGUUGAUAAUGACAUGCCUGGACUGCCACGAGCAAUGCAAAAGAGUGGGAAGCCCCUCAAAGCAAUCAAAGCUCGUCUGAAGGGUAAGGAAGGACGGAUUCGUGGCAACCUCAUGGGAAAACGAGUUGACUUUUCUGCCCGUACUGUAAUUACUCCAGAUCCAAACCUUAGAAUUGAUCAGGUUGGAGUCCCUCGUUCAAUUGCACAAAAUCUCACAUUUCCUGAAAUAGUCACACCAUUCAACAUUGACAAGAUGCAAGAAUUGGUGCGAAGAGGAAACUCUCAAUAUCCUGGUGCCAAAUACAUUGUCAGAGACAAUGGGGAACGUAUUGAUCUGCGUUUCCAUCCCAAAACAUCAGAUUUGCACCUUCAGUGUGGAUACAAAGUAGAACGUCAUAUUCGUGAUGGUGAUUUGGUCAUUUUCAACCGACAGCCUACCUUACACAAAAUGUCCAUGAUGGGUCACAGAGUGAAAGUAUUGCCAUGGUCAACAUUCCGGAUGAAUUUAAGUUGUACUUCUCCUUACAACGCUGACUUUGAUGGAGAUGAAAUGAACCUACACGUUCCACAGUCCAUGGAAACCAGAGCGGAAGUGGAAAAUAUUCAUGUAACCCCUAGACAGAUUAUUACCCCUCAGGCAAACCAACCUGUCAUGGGUAUUGUGCAGGACACUUUAACAGCUGUCCGGAAGAUGACAAAAAGAGAUGUAUUCUUAGAAAAGGAGCAAAUGAUGACACUAUUGAUGUUCUUGCCUAUUUGGGAUGGUAAAAUGCCACAACCAUGUAUCCUAAAGCCCAAGCCACUAUGGACUGGAAAGCAAGUUUUCUCUCUUAUUAUUCCUGGUAAUGUAAAUCUGAUCCGUACUCAUUCAACUCACCCUGAUGAGGAAGAUGAUGGUCCAUACAAAUGGAUCUCUCCUGGUGACACAAAAGUAAUGGUAGAGCAUGGAGAGCUCGUCAAAGGUAUCCUGUGCAAAAAGACACUUGGUACAUCUGCAGGUUCUCUUUUGCACGUCAUCUUUUUGGAGUUAGGUCAUGAAGUCUGUGGUCAGUUCUAUGGUAAUAUUCAGACCGUAGUUAACAAUUGGCUUCUCCUUGAAGGCCACUCUAUUGGUAUUGGUGACACUAUUGCCGAUCGGCAAACAUAUGCUGAAAUUCAGAAUGCCAUCAAGAAAGCUAAGGCUGAUGUCAUAGAGGUCAUUCAAAAGGCACACAACAUGGAGCUGGAACCAACUCCUGGUAACACACUCAGGCAAACUUUUGAAAAUCAGGUCAAUCGUAUCCUUAACGAUGCUCGUGAUAAAACUGGAGGAUCUGCUAAGAAAUCUUUAACUGAGUACAACAAUUUGAAGGCUAUGGUGGUUUCAGGAUCAAAGGGGUCCAACAUUAACAUUUCUCAGGUUAUUGCUUGUGUGGGUCAGCAGAACGUUGAGGGUAAACGAAUUCCUUUUGGUUUUCGCAAAAGGACAUUGCCUCACUUCAUCAAAGACGAUUAUGGUCCUGAAUCGAGAGGCUUCGUUGAAAAUUCAUACCUUGCUGGGCUGACACCCUCUGAGUUUUACUUCCACGCCAUGGGAGGUCGAGAAGGUCUCAUUGAUACAGCUGUCAAAACUGCUGAAACUGGUUAUAUCCAACGUCGAUUGAUAAAGGCUAUGGAGUCUGUUAUGGUUAACUAUGAUGGAACUGUACGUAACUCUGUUGGGCAGCUCAUUCAGUUGCGUUAUGGUGAGGACGGUCUUUGUGGAGAAACAGUAGAAUUCCAGAACCUCUCUACUAUCAAACUGGCAAACAAAGCCUUUGAGCGCAAGUUCAAAUUUGAUCCUACCAAUGAAAGAAACUUACGUAGAAUAUUCAAUGAAGAUGUGAUGAAAGAACUGAUGGGCUCUGGAGAAGUAGUGUCUGAAUUGGAGAAAGAAUGGGAGCAAUUAUGCAAAGAUCGUGAGUCACUCAGACAAAUUUUCCCCAGUGGCAGCAACAAAGUCGUACUGCCUUGCAAUCUUCAAAGAAUGAUUUGGAAUGUUCAGAAGAUUUUCCAUAUCAACAAGAGAGCACCAACUGAUCUCAGUCCGUUAAGGGUCAUACGUGGUGUUCAAGAGCUGCUUACAAAAUGUGUCAUUGUAGCAGGAGAAGAUAGGUUAAGCAAAAUGGCCAAUGAGAAUGCCACUCUUUUAUUCCAAUGUUUGGUGAGAUCAACUCUUUGUACCAAGUGUGUUGCAGAAGAGUUCAGGCUGUCUUCAGAAGCCUUUGAAUGGUUGAUUGGAGAAAUUGAGACAAGAUUCCAACAAGCACAGUGUUCACCUGGUGAAAUGGUUGGUGCUUUGGCUGCACAGUCUCUUGGAGAGCCUGCCACUCAGAUGACACUGAACACUUUCCACUUUGCUGGUGUGUCUUCCAAGAACGUAACCCUCGGUGUGCCUAGGCUGAAGGAAAUUAUUAACAUCAGUAAGAAGCCAAAGGCCCCGUCUCUAACUGUCUUCCUCUCUGGAGUAGCAGCUCGAGAUGCUGAGAAGGCCAAAAACGUCCUGUGCCGUUUGGAACACACCACUCUUCGUAAAGUUACAGCUAAUACUGCUAUUUACUAUGAUCCUGACCCUCAGAACACUGUUAUUUCUGAAGAUCAGGAAUUUGUUAAUGUGUAUUAUGAAAUGCCUGACUUCGACCCAACAAAGAUCUCACCAUGGCUUCUCCGUAUUGAACUUGACAGAAAGAGGAUGACUGAUAAGAAGCUUACUAUGGAACAAAUUGCUGAGAAAAUUAAUGCUGGUUUUGGUGAAGAUUUGAACUGCAUAUUUAAUGAUGACAAUGCUGAGAAGCUGGUACUUCGUAUUCGUAUUAUGAACAGUGAUGAUAGUAAAUUCCAAGAUGAAGAAGAACAAGUAGACAAGAUGGAAGAUGAUAUGUUCUUGCGAUGCAUUGAAGCUAACAUGCUUUCAGACAUGACUCUUCAAGGAAUUGAAGCAAUUGGUAAGGUAUACAUGCAUCUUCCUCAAACAGAUGCUAAAAAGAGGAUUGUCAUCACUGAAACUGGAGAAUUCAAGGCCAUUGCUGAGUGGCUCCUUGAAACUGAUGGUACUAGCUUGAUGAAGGUUCUCAGUGAAAGAGAUGUUGACCCUGUGAGAACAUUCUCCAACGACAUUUGUGAAAUCUUCCAAGUACUUGGAAUAGAAGCUGUCCGAAAGUCUGUAGAAAAGGAAAUGAAUGCUGUGCUUCAGUUCUAUGGACUUUACGUCAACUACCGACAUUUGGCUUUGCUUUGUGACGUAAUGACGGCUAAAGGUCAUCUUAUGGCCAUCACUCGUCAUGGUAUCAACAGACAAGAUACUGGUGCACUGAUGAGAUGUUCUUUUGAAGAAACUGUGGAUGUGUUGAUGGAUGCUGCUUCUCAUGCUGAGGUGGACCCAAUGAGAGGAGUGUCAGAGAAUAUUAUCAUGGGACAGUUACCACGCAUGGGAACAGGCUGCUUUGAUCUUCUUUUGGAUGCAGAGAAAUGUAAAUAUGGUAUUGAGAUUCCAAUGAAUAUUGGAGUUGGAAUGGGAAUGGGUGGAGGAAUGUUGUUUGGAUCUGCGGCUACACCAUCAAGCCCCCAGAUGACACCAUGGAACCAAGGAGCAACACCCAUGUAUGGAAGUGUUUGGUCUCCACACAUCGACAGUGGAAUGACCCCUGCUGGUAUCACUUUCUCUCCGUCUGCUUCGAGCGAUGCCAGUGGUAUGUCGCCAGCAUAUGCAUGGAGCCCAACACCCGGCUCACCGGGCUCACCUGGGCCGUCUACGAGUCCCUACAUCCCCACAAGCCCUGCUGGAGCAAGCUCACCAAGUUAUUCUCCAUCCAGCCCGGCGUAUGCCCCAACUUCUCCCAGCAUGGCGGCUUCGCCCAACUACAGCCCGACAUCGCCUUCCUACUCCCCUACUUCUCCCAACUACAGCCCCACUUCACCUAGUUACUCACCAACAAGUCCAAGCUAUAGCCCAACCAGUCCUAGCUAUAGUCCCACCAGUCCUAGCUAUAGCCCUACAAGUCCUUCAUACUCUCCCACAAGUCCCUCAUACUCUCCUACAAGUCCCUCAUAUUCUCCCACAAGCCCAUCAUAUUCUCCCACCAGUCCUUCCUAUUCCCCGACCAGUCCAUCUUAUUCCCCAACCAGUCCAAGCUACAGUCCUACCAGCCCGUCAUACUCUCCAACGAGUCCUUCAUAUUCUCCUACUAGUCCAAGCUACAGCCCGACAAGUCCAUCCUAUUCUCCUAGCUCGCCCAACUACACCCCUGCUUCUCCAUCGUACUCUCCUACGUCACCGUCCUACUCGCCGAGCUCCCCGCAGUACUCUCCCGCGAGCCCGAGUUACUGCCCGUCGUCUCCAAAGUACUCUCCCACAUCGCCAUCGUAUUCACCAACAUCUCCCAGUUUCCCCAGCUCGUCGCCUCAAUACACCCCGGCGUCGCCUCAGUACUCUCCUACCUCACCGACUUACUCUCCUACUUCUCCAUCAUAUUCUCCUACCUCUCCUUCUUACUCUCCAAGCUCACCGCAGCACACACCUGGGGGUGCUCACUACUCCCCCACAUCACCAAAAUAUUCUCCAACAUCUCCCACUUACUCUCCUACCUCACCUCAGUACUCUCCAUCAAGUUCCAAAUAUUCACCUACAUCACCCACUUACACACCAACUUCACCUAAUUAUUCUCCAACGUCUCCUACCUUUUCUCCUACAGCUCCGGGCUAUUCACCUACUUCUCCAACUUACUCACCUUCCUCUCCUGCUUAUGAACCAGAAUCAGAUUAAAGUAGCUGCUUUAGUUUGAAGGAAACGCAUUUCUAUUCUAUGGUAUCUCAUUUGUUGGCUAAUAAAUAUUUGUUGCUUUUAUGGAGGCAUCGUUGCCUCUCAAGAUUAUGUCAUUUUAUUUAUUUUAUGGAACUGAGAUUUUUUUUUGGAGAAGUUUGGUUUAGCUCAAUUGAGUUAUGUCUGACUGUAUGUAGGUAAGGAUCUUUAAGUGAGAUGUGUUCUCUUGUUGUAAAUACCAAAUUCUAAUGGUAAUAUAACUUUGGGUAUUUCUAUGGAAGAAUUAUAAUGUAAAUAGCUAUAAAAAUUACUGUGUAUAAUUUAAAAUCUUAGUGCCGUGGUCGCUUUUUUGAAUCUUUAGUUACCAUGUGACAAAAACAACUUUUAUGUAUGGGUGCUGUAUAUAUCAUCUUUGCUGUAUUUCUUCUUUUAAAUUAGAAAUUGUUUUUAGUCAAUGACUCUUUUGAUGUGUAUAGGAAAUAUUCAAAGACUGUCCUAAAAAAGGAAAGAUUUUGUAAAGAUCUAAAAAUAAUUUUGUAUGGAACUUCUCAAGAAGUCAUCAGAAUGUUAAAAAUAUGUCCUACAGUAACUGACUGGUCCCAGUGUAUACAUUGUGUACAGGUUUUCUUUUUGAAUUUGCCAUCUAUGUAGGUUAAAUAGUCCAGUCUUAUCACAUGCUGGUGUUAAAUCUUGUUACAUGGUAUAAUCGGAUCAUUUGUGUUUUGCACGUUAUUGAUUGUACCUUGUACAUGGAAUUGUUUAAAUAAAAACUCUGAACAAAUAAACUUUGUUUUUACUG